AUGGCGGCCCAUCGACCCGCCAACCCUAGCGGCUUGCGAAACACGUACAACGCUGCCUCCAGAAACUCCUCCAUUCACGAAGACAACCGGGCAGCGGGGGCCUCCAGCAACGACGGCGACGACGCGCCUGCCUCGCCUUCGACCGAAGCGCCCCAGCCCGGACCAAGCGCUCCUUCUCGACCGCCUCCUCCCCAGCACACUGAGUCGACAGGCCUCCUCCACUCGGUCCUACGCGACAACAUCAACGAGGGCCAUGGCGGCCAUGGCACCUUCUCCCCAAGGCCAUCGAGCCCCGUGACGAGCUUCAACAGCUACGAGAAUGACACGGCCUCCAACGCCUCCCAGCGCGGCGGCCUUGACAAGGUGAUCAACUCGAUCACGGGCAGCGAAGACUGGAGGAAGAGCUGGCACAAGUCUGUCAUGUCGAGGAGCAUCACAAACUCGGACCGCCUCGCUGCCGAGGCCGGCUUCAAGGCCAACACGCGCAUGUAUCUGUCCUAUUACUUUCCCUUCCUGCAGUGGAUGCCCCAGUACAAGUGGUCCUACCUCAAAGGCGAUUUCGUCGCCUCCCUGACCGUCGCCUCCGUCUACCUGCCCAUGGUCUUGUCGCUCGCCGAGAACCUGGCCCACGUCCCGCCCAUCAACGGCCUCUACGCCUACGUCAUCAACCCCCUGAUCUACGCCAUGCUCGGCAGCUGCCCGCAGAUGAUUGUCGGUCCGGAAGCCGCCGGCUCGCUACUCGUCGGUACGGUUGUCAAGAGUAGUCUGGGCACGGGCGAUGAUGACGACGACGACGUGCUGCAGGCGCAGAUUUGUGGCAUCGUCGCUGGUAUGGCGGGUGCCACCAUUCUGCUCGCCGGCAUCGCUCGUCUGGGAUUCCUUGACAGUGUGCUCAGCCGGCCAUUUCUGCGCGGCUUCAUCUCGGCCAUUGGCUUCGUCAUCUUUGUAGACCAACUCAUCCCUGAGCUUGGUCUCAGUCGCUAUGCGGAUGAGCAGGGUGUUGGCCACGGCAGCAGCGUCGACAAGAUUGACUUUAUGAUUAAGAACCUCGGCCGCACGCACAAGUUGACCUUCUUGGUGGCUGCUGUCAGUUUCACCAUUAUGAUGGUCCUGCGCGAGAUGAAGAAGCGGCUCCAGCCCCGCUACCCCGGUGUGGCCUACCUGCCCGACCGGUUCUUCGUCGUUGUCGUCUCCAUCAUCCUGUCGUGGCAGCUCGGCUGGGAGGGCAAGGGUGUUGAAGUCCUCGGCACCGUUGAGGCGGCGUCCGGUCACCUCUUCACCUUCCGCUGGCCGUUCCAGCUUUCCCAUAUGAAGCACAUUCGCGAGGGCAUGAGUACGUCGUUCCUUAUCGCGCUUCUCGGCUUCUUCGAGUCCUCGGUUGCCGCAAAGAGUCUUGGUGGUUCAGACAGCAUCCAGGGCAUGCAGCUCAGCCCCAACCGCGAGCUUGUCGCCCUCGGUGCGGCCAACGUCAUGGGCGCCUGCUUCAUGAGUCUGCCUGCGUUUGGCGGCUACGCGCGAAGCAAGCUGAAUGGUUCGACCGGCGGCAAGAGCCCCAUGAGUUCCGUCUUCCUCAGCGGCAUUGCCCUGUUUGCCAUUUUCUUCCUGCUACCCUAUUUGUACUACCUACCGAAACCCGUCCUCUCGGCCAUGAUCACGGUCGUGGCAUGGUCGCUUCUUGAAGAGGCUCCCCAUGACAUCGCGUUCUUCCUCGGCAUCCGGGGCUGGAGCGAGCUCGGCCUCAUGGCCAUCAUCUUCCUGGCCACCAUCUUCUACUCCCUCACGGUUGGCAUGGCCAUCGGUGUCGGCCUCUCGGUGCUCCAAGUUAUUCGACACUCGACGCGCCCUCGUAUCCAGAUUCUUGGCCGCAUCCCGGGCACGCACCGCUUCGAAAACGCAGAGGCCGACCCCGAGCGACUCGAGUUCUUCGAGGGCUGCCUCAUCGUCAAGAUUGCCGAGCCCAUGACCUUUGCCAACACGGGCCAGCUCAAGAACCGGCUGCGCAGGCUCGAGCUCUACGGCACCAACAUGGCGCACCCGGCGCUGCCACGCCUCCGCCACGAGGAGAACAACCGCAACAUCAUCUUUGACAUUCACGGCGUCACGUCAAUGGACGGCUCCGGCACCCAGGUCCUCAAGGAGAUUGUCGAGAGCUACCGCGAGAGGACCGUCCGCGUCUUCUUCAGCCGCGGCCCCGGCAACAAGAAGCACCACAUCUGGCGGCUCAUGCGGCAGUCGGGCAUUGUCGAGCUCGUCGGCGGCGAGGGCCAGUUUGUGGCCGACGUGCAGGAGGCGCUCAAGAUGACCGAGUUUGAGGAGAGCGCAACCAAUGCCUAG